GCUGGGGGUGUUAACCGUACGCUGCACCAGAGGCAAGUCUCUCUCUGUAACUUCCUGUCUCAUCGACGGCCAACCCUACUAAAAGGAAACCAGACCCACCAGAGUGCAUGUUGAGAAUCUGACUGAUCAGCUGUCACAUCGUUGAGAUACAAUCCUGCCAUUGAAGUGAACGAUCAGAGCUUGAAUGAACCGGGAUUAGAAAAGGAUCUUUCUCCAUGUCCGCAGUGACUCCCUCCAGUCCCACCAGUCUCACCGCGCCGGCUCUGCUCCAGUUCCAGCUCGGCCUCUUUAGGGAGUUUGUUCGAGUCCCUGCUGGCAACCUGAGCUUUCGCCAUGCCAAGAGGCUGGCUGCAGAGAUCAUAGAGCGCAAGGCUCCACAAUGCAGCGUGGUGGGCGUCGGCGAGAAGGUUCUGCUGUUCAGACAUCAGUCCGCCUCAGAGCAGCUGCUGCAUCGCCUGACGGACGUCGACGAGCUGCAGGAUGGAGACCUCAUCGAGGUCAUCAUCGCAGGAUCAGCGUCAGUGACUGAGAUGAGGACCCGUCCACACACCCUGGUGGUCCAAACGUACCGGACUCCCACUUUCUGCCACCACUGUGGAGAAAUGCUGUGGGGCCUCGUUCGACAGGGAUUAAAAUGCGACGGCUGUGGGUUAGACUUCCAUAAACGUUGUGCUUUCCAGUUGCCCAAUGACUGUAGUCGAGCGCGGCGUCAGGUUAGCACCAGCCUCUCCCUGUUUCCUCCUCGACGACCCCCUACACACUCCCUGUCCAAUCAGGCAGGAGGCAGUCUGGAAGAGAUCAGCAUGUCCAAGCCCUCAUCCAGGCCUCCGUCCUGGGCAGAGCCCCCGGUCUGGCUGGGAAUCGGGUACAGCGACAUGAGCAGGGCUCAGGUCCCUCACACCUUCCACAUCCACAGCUACACCAAACCCACCGUGUGCCAGUACUGCCACCGGCUGCUCAAAGGGCUCUUUAGACAGGGGCUGCAGUGCUCAGACUGCAGGUUUAACUGCCAUCGGCGCUGUGAGCUGCUGGUCCCCAGAGACUGUCCAGGCGAGAGGAGAGGCAUCAACGGUGCAGAAUCCACAGCAGUGGGUCACAGCUGCCCACCAGACCCAGAGGACGAUGAUUCAGAGCUCACCAGUACGACAACACUAGAAACCUCUGACGACGAGAUGUCCACCGACGGAGACACCACGACUGACACCAAAGGAGAAGUGCAACCGCGAGAGCCAAUGAGUCCGUGUUUCAGCAGCAACAUCCCUCUGAUGAGGCUCGUCCAGUCGGUGCAUCACUCCAAGAGGAGAGCAGGUGGAGUCCUGAGAGAGGGAUGGCUACUGCAUCACACCAACACUGACACACUGAGGAAACGUCAUUACUGGAUCUUGGACUGGAAGAGCAUCACUCUGUACCAGAACGAGGGCACCACCAAGUACUACAAGGAGAUCACUCUGUCUGAGGUGCUGCAGGUCCGAGGCCCCGCCCAGCUCUCUGUGCCCUUGUUGCCAGGCAACUGCGCCCACUCCUUGGAGGUGGUCACGGCCUCGCUGGUGUACUGCGUGGUGGCCGGCGAGGACUGGCCGUCCUGGGAGAGCGCCAUCCGCCAGGCUCUGAUGCCCGUGCAGAGCAACGGAGGACACGGCGAGGAGAACCACGAUCAGGAUUUAUGCAGAGACAGCGAGGACAUCAGCUCGGUGUAUCAGAUCUUCACAGACGAGGUGCUGGGCUCGGGACAGUUUGGAGUGGUGUACAAAGGUACUCACAGGAAGUCGGGUCGGCCAGUCGCCAUCAAAGUCAUCGACAAGACACGCUUCCCCACCAAACAAGAGAGACAGCUGAGGAACGAAGUGGCCAUCUUGCAGAAUCUGUCCCAUCUCGGUGUGGUUCUGUUGGAGGGGAUGUUUGAGACAGUGGAGUACGUCUUUGUCGUUAUGGAGAAGCUCCAUGGAGACAUGCUGGAGAUAAUUCUGUCCAGUGAGAGAGGCCGACUCCCUGAACGCAUCACCCGCUUCCUGGUCACGCAGAUCCUUGAGGCUCUGCGGUAUCUGCACUUCAAACAUAUCGCUCACUGUGACCUUAAACCUGAGAACGUACUGCUGGCCUCUGCAGACCCGUUCCCUCAGGUGAAGCUGUGCGACUUUGGCUUCGCCCGCAUCAUCGGCGAGAAGUCGUUCCGUCGCUCCGUCGUGGGCACACCGGCCUACUUGGCGCCCGAGGUGAUCAGCAGCAGCGGCUACAACCGCUCUCUGGACAUGUGGUCCGUGGGCGUCAUCAUGUACGUCAGCCUGAGCGGCACGUUCCCCUUCAACGAGGACGAGGACAUCAGGCAGCAGAUCACCAACGCCGCCUUCAUGUACCCACGACAACCAUGGGCCUCCAUCUCACUGGAGGCUGUGAGUCUCAUCAACAACCUGCUGCAGGUGUCGGUCAGACGCAGGUUCAGUGUGGGCAAAACUCUGGGACACCCCUGGCUGCAGGGAGAAAGAAAGAAAAUUGUGAACCAACAUGGUUGGUUGGUUCAAAUUGAAAGAUCAUUUCCACCACGUCCACUCCUGGUCCUUGUGCAGGACUUCCAGCUGUGGUGUGACCUCAGGGAGUUUGAGCAGAGGAUGGGCUGCAGGUAUUUGACGCACCGCGGCGACGAGGAGCGCUGGUUACGCUACGCCCAGGAGAGAGGCCUGGACUUCCCCCCCCACCUCCACUGGGACUCUGACGACGACUCAGAUAUGUGAGCCCGGCACAGAGGUUAAAGGUCAG